AUGGCCGCAAUUCAGCAGCAACUGGACAGAGGCGCCGUCCCAAAUCUCGUGUCCAACGUCUGCCCUCCAGGAACCAAGGCAUAUCUCCUCGAGGUCGGCUGGCUGGAGUGCGAUGAGGGCUUUGUCGUGCGAGGAGGAAACACGUCGCUCAAGAGCACCGAGGGCGAAUCGUUCGUCAACAAGCGCCGGGAGCUACCCAUGUACUGCGUGCUAAUUGAUCACCCUCACGAGGGCUGCAUCUUAUGGGAGACUGGUUGUGGCGUCGAUUACCCAACUGUAUGGGGACCCGCCGUUCACGACGUCUUCACCCGGGUUCGUUACGAGCCUCGUCACGAGCUCAAGGCGGCCAUUGAGGCUACAGGGCACAAGCUGGAGGAUAUUAAGAAGAUUAUCCUGGGCCACAUGCAUUUAGAUCAUGCGGGGGGCCUCGAUCAAUUUAUUGGCCGCAAGGAUAUUGAGAUCUGGGUUCAUGACAAGGAGCUGCGCUCCGCAUUCUGGUCUGUCGCCACCGGCGCAGAUGAGGGUGUCUAUCUUAAGGAUUACCUUGACCUCUCUCUGAACUGGAAGACUUUUGACGACCGCACCAUCGACUUCUGCCAGGGCAUCACCCUCCACCAUCUCCCAGGCCACACCGACGGAUUGAUUGGAAUGCAAAUUAACCUUCCCAACAGCGGCACCUUCUUCUUCAUCUCUGACCACUGCCACGUUAUUGAGAACUGGAGGGAUGGUAUCCCACAAGGAUGGCUGGCUCGUGACCACCCAGCCUGGUUCCAGAGCACACAGCGGCUGAAGCGCCUUGAAGCUACCACGAAGGGACGCAUCAUUCCAGGCCAUGACAAGGAAACUUUCUUGCAACUCCAGAGCGAAAUCAAGGAUUACCUGAGUUAA